AUGGAACCUUUUCAAGAUCCUAUUGCUAUUGAAGAGUAUAGAAGGAAGUUAGGCUUUCAGAAUUGCAAGGUGAACUGUUCAGGAAAGAUUUGGAUUUUUUGGACAGAUGAAUGGCUUGGUGUAGUUAUAUCUGAAUCAGAACAACAAGUUACUCUGCAACUAACUCACUCAUCCUUGAAUCAAUCAGUGCUGGUGUCAGUAGUUUAUGCUAAAUGUGAUAGAGAUGAGAGGGAAGAGUUGUGGGAAGCUAUGGUGGAGUUAGCAACUCAGCAAGACCUUCCUUGGAUAAUAGGAGGGGACUUUAAUGUCAUAGUGUCUGAUGAGGAGAAGCAAGGUGGUCUUCCAGUCUCAUCCAAUGAGACAUUGGAUUUUUCUACCUGUAUACAAAGUUGUGGUUUGAUUGAUGUAGGAUUCACUGGAAGAAAAUUCACCUGGUGGAAUGGGAGGACUGAAGAGGAGUGCAUAUUCAAAAGGUUAGAUAGAAUACUGGUGAAUCAGCAAGUGCUAAACAUCAUGCCAUCUACAACAGUGACUCAUCUGAUUAGACAUGGCUCUGAUCAUGCACCACUACAUCUUGAGUGUAAUAGCAAUGCACUUCCUAUUGUCAAGUCUUUUAAGUUUCUCAACUUUUGGACAAAUCAUCAUACAUUUAUAGAGGUGAUUGCCACUAUUGAAGAUACUAUAAAGGUGAAGGAGUUGCAGUUCAAAAAUAAUGCAUCAAGGGAGAAUAGAAUGCAGUUACAUCAAGCACAGGCUGAACUAACCAAAUUUUUACACUUGGAGGAGGAGAGGAAUAAACUGACUUUGAAAAGAAUACAAGAUCUAACUGGUACAUGGCUGGAAAAUGAAGUAGAUAUAGGUUACGAGCGAAGAACGAAAAAAGAUGAAGGAGUUGCCAUCGAAAGUGAAGUAAAGAAGGCUGUGUUAUCACUCAAUGGGGACGGUGCUAGUGGGCACGAUGGAUUCACGGGACAUUUUUAUCGAAGUCUUUGGGAGGUUAUCAAGUUGGAUGUGCUUCAAAUGGUUAGAUCUUUCUUUUGUGGAUCUGAGAUACCACAAUUCAUCACACAUACUAACUUGGUUUUAUUUCCAAAGAAGGCGGUGAUUAACAAUUUCAGUGAUAUGAGGCCUAUCAUUCUCAGCUCCUUCUCCAACAAGAUACUGUCAAAAGUGCUGCAAAAUAGAUUGAUAAAGGUUCUUCCUAAUAUUAUCUCUAACAACCAGACAGGAUUUGUGAAAGGAAGGAGCAUUGCAGAAAAUAUAUUACUGGCACAGGAGAUCAUCAGAGAUAUUAAUAUGAGAGCUAAACAUACUAAUGUAGUGAUCAAGUUAGACAUGGCAAAGGCAUAUGAUAGGCUUUCCUGGAUUUUUUUGACUAAAGUAUUAAGACAGUUUGGAUUUGGAGAGGUUCUCAUUGAUAUGGUAUGGAGAUUGCUCUCAAACAACUGGUAUUCAAUAUUAAUCAAUGGUCAAAGUCAUGGUUUUUUCAGGUCAAGUAGGGGGGUAAAGCAAGGUGAUCCACUUUCUCCUACAUUGUUCAUUAUAGCAGCAGAGAAAAUGAUGAAGAGGUUGAGGAAGUAUGAGAAGGCUUCAGGACAACUGGUCAAUACUGAUAAAAGCUGUUACUAUGUUCAUCACAAGAUGUGGAAGAAGCUUAUGGAGUAG